UGUAAACAAAGCCGUCGCAACAACAGCACAUUCCAUGUUGUCAAGGGAUUGUGUUUGUGAUUUCCGUCCUAUGGUCGUUAGGCGUCACUGAUCACACGAGGAAUAUUUUCCGGCCGUUCAUUAAAAUGUUCAAAAACACGUUCCAGAGCGGAUUUUUGUCAAUUCUUUACAGUAUUGGCAGCAAGCCUCUUCAGAUAUGGGAUAAAAAGGUUCGCAAUGGCCACAUCAAGAGAAUAACAGACAAUGACAUCCAGUCUCUUGUACUAGAAAUUGUAGGAGUUAAUGUGAGCACAACGUACAUAACAUGUCCAGCAGAUCCUAAGAAGACCUUGGGAAUAAAACUCCCCUAUCUUGUUAUGAUUGUGAAGAACUUGAACAAAUAUUUUACUUUUGAAGUACAGGUUCUUGAUGACAAAAAUGUUCGGCGAAGAUUCCGUGCCAGCAAUUACCAGUCAACAACAAGAGUAAAGCCAUUUAUAUGCACAAUGCCUAUGAGACUAGAUGAAGGGUGGAAUCAAAUUGUGUUCAAUUUGGCUGACUUUGUUCGCAGGGCAUAUGGUACAAAUUAUGUUGAAACAUUGAGAGUUCAGAUUCAUGCCAAUUGUCGGAUAAGGCGUGUGUACUUCGCUGAUCGCCUGUACUCAGAAGAAGAGUUACCAGCAGAAUUUAAGUUAUAUCUCCCUGUGCAAACAAAGGCAAAAUCUGCAAUAUAAACUAUACUCUCAGUGACAAAUAUUUAUACCAGAGUAAUGCUUAAUGAUUUCAAUAUCAUGCAGUGACAGGACACGUUUAUGUUGUAGUCUGUAAAUUUGGGCACUACAAAGUAUCAUUAAUAUUAUUCAUAUGUAGGGGUCACUGUAUUUAUGUAUGUAUUGGGCUGUGAAAAAUAACCCUUUUAGUUUCCUCUAUCCUGUAUUGUUGUUCUAAUAAUGAAUUGUGUGUUUUCAAUGGAAAGUUUUUGUUAAGCAAUAGUUAGUCAUAAUUUUGGCAUAUAUUUAGUUGCAAUAUUGAAUAUAGUGUUCUCUAAGUCUUCUUAAUUGGGCAGGCUCACAGUUUAAGGAGGUAAGCAAACAAAAAGGGAGAAAUAUACAGUGACUUUUUAUUCCUGAAAUUUAAGCCUGUUUUGGUCACAUUUAAAAAAAAAAUUUGCAUCAUGAUAAAUUUACAAGUAGAUUUUGUUAUAUUUGUGUACUACUUCACUUGGUAACAGUUAAUUGAGUUAGGCUAGUGAGCACUUACUCUAUACGGUACCUCUGAAUAUCUAGUCUUUGAUAACGUAAUAAAGUACUUCAUAAUGUAAAAUACAGUAAUUCACACCUUUUAUGGAAACAAAAUUUUUAUAUACUGCAGAAUUGUGAUCACUUGGAUAUGUUUAUCUGCAUACAAAUAAGGUAAAAUUACAAUUUGUAUUUCACUUGA